UUCGAAAUUAAGGAUGCGCAUGUAAGGCCAAAUAAAUACAAUUCAUAAACUUAUAUCGCUAUCGAUUUCAAUAUUCUUAAAUUAUCGCCACUCCCAUAAUAUACUCCAAUAUUUUUGCCAUGAGGGUGCGAUUGGCAGCGCGCAUGUGCAAAUCACGUCAAAAUGUUCGUGGAUGACAGUUCCUGACUGCGACUGGUGUAUGUACCUCAAGUGGGCAUGUCAAGGGAAAAAAGCUGAGGCGAAGAUGAAAAUUUAAUCUACAAUAAAAUAUGUUGACUGCCUUGCGUCGCAAAAUUCGCCUAGGAAUGCAGCGAACGGUUCUUAUAGCGGUCCUGUUGGCGGUUGGCGUCUUCAGCUAUGCCUUCCUCAAUUUAUCCUUCUGCUUUAAACUGAUGUCGCACAGGAGCCUCACGCACAUGUGCCAGAAGUAUGAGCAUCACGAGUUUAGUGGAUCACUCUGCGAGGAACUGUGCAGCAGCCAGACGGCAUUCGACAACUUUCAAUGCCCGCUGAAUGAUAUGAAAACGAUUUUGUUUACUGCUGAAAAGAAUGGCGACAUGCUCGCCGUGAAGCUGGCGAAGCACAACGACGACGACUUGAGUUGGACGAACAGCAAGGGCGAGGCCAUUUAUCCCAAAAUCGAGGAAUUCCAUGAGAUAGUCAAGCUGCAUAUCAUACUUGCCUACAAUGUGACAUUAGAUGAUAAUAUGAUACGUGCCCUGGUCAACCAGGAGAUUGCCGAUAAUAACGCACAGCAAAUGGUAAGCUUUUGGCGAUUGUUUAAGGACAACAAUUAUAUGAUGGGCAAACUUUUUGACGAGGACUCCGUGUUUCCGGCUGUGCUGGGCUCCUGUGGCCCUUACUAUGCCACAGAGGGCUUGGAGAUCGUGCAAGCCAAUCCCAGCAUCAUUCAGUAUCUCUCGUCCAAUCGACAGCAGCGCCUAAAGCAUGCUCUCAGCAUCAUGGAGUACAUAUUUCGGCUGGAAGAGAUGAAACCUGAGCCGCUGCGAAUGUGCAAGAUGCAGGUGAAUCGCUUUGGACUCACACCUGACAGACGUCUCAAGUACCAAAGCGCGGAGCAUGUCUAUGUCGAGAGUUAUCUGGACAAACGUAUAUCAAAUGGCGUUAAAUGCCAUACCAAUCUUGACUGUAGUUUUCACUCGUGUCGUGGAUUGUGCGACGCAGAGCGUCAGGCCUGUACACAUAUCCAGCAGAACAACAACUUUCAAAUAUUCUGCGAGCAUGUCCUCUUGGGUAGCGGAACCUUUCAGCCAGGUCUUCUGAGUGGUAUACGCUUGCCGCGUUCGCUGCAGAAGCUUGUGAAGAUGUGCGUGCAGCCGCCGAAGGAGCAUCAGGUGCCAGAACGUCGCCAGGCGCCGAGUCUCCAGCUGGCUCUCAGGCUUUACAAUGAGUUAAAGCAACUGCUGCAGGCAGUAAUCACGGCUUCCGGCUCGGACUCUGAGGUGGAGAGUCAGAGCUCACGGCAUAGGCAGCAAGGAGGCGCUUAGAAGGGCAGGAUGCACAUGCAAUAGAAUUGGUAACUCCUCCUGAUGACUUGCUCAACAAUUGGUAGCAUUUUUACAGAAAAUAGUUUUAAUUAAUUAACAGACGUAGAAUAACAUAAAUAAAAGAUUUUUUAACACAUGA